GAUGUGUUGCAAGCAUUUUCGUGUAGCAAGAUAUGAGCUUAUUACAUCUGUCACUACUUGAUGAAGAUCCAUGAAACCCUGUGCCUCCUUUAAUUUACCAAUGCCUCCAAAUCGAUAUAACGAUUAACAUGCGCAGCUUCAAGGGCAGAAGUAAUGGCAAAUCUGUUUCUCGUAUUGGGGUUAUCAAACCAACAAGAAAAUUCUAGUUUCUGGAAUUCUAAGACAUGCAGAGAGAUCCUUGUUGCCUCUUCGAUUGGCUUGAUCAUUGCAGCAGCAGUGCGGUAUCAUCUUCUGAAGCUAAGGGAUCAAAAGAUCAUCCCACGCCUAAGAUCAAGGGACAAAGGCCAUGGCCGCAUUGAAAAGCUCGAACGCUUCCCUCACUACGUAGCUAGGCAGAUGGGAUUUAAAGAUAGAAGAGAAUGCCCUUUGCUCUGCAAGUUAGCAUCAGAAUACAUCAGGAAAUCCGAAGGUUGCGAAGAGGACAUAUACACUUUCUUCUCCAAUGAGCCAGAUGUGGAUUCGCUUUUUGUUAAGCUCGUAGAGGAGUUUGAGAGGUGCAUUCUUAGUUAUUUUGCAUUCCAUUGGAGUCAUGCAGAUCUUACGAUUAGUCAGAUAUUAAGUUCUGACGCUGAACCCAAGAAAAAGCUGAAGCAGAUUUUCAUGGCAGCAACUAGGGAACAGAGAUUCGAGAGGGUGACAAAAAAUCUUAAGGUGGCUAGAAUUUUCACUACAUUGGUGGAAGAAAUGAAAGCAAUGGGGCUCACAUCAACAGAUGACUCUCAAUGUACAGAGGUGAUGGCUCCAGUGGCUCACAGUGAUAGAAGUCCAGUGCUGCUACUCAUGGGAGGUGGGAUGGGAGCUGGGAAGAGCACCGUGCUUAAAGACAUUCUCAAAGAACCAUUCUGGGCAGGAGCAGCAGGGAAUGCAGUUGUGAUUGAGGCAGAUGCAUUCAAAGAAUCAGAUGUCAUCUACAGAGCCCUAAGCUCUAAAGGUCAUGCAGAUUUGGUCCAUACGGCUGAAUUAGUGCACCAAUCAUCCACAGAUGCAGCAUCAUCCCUUCUAGUGACAGCACUCAAUGAAGGGCGGGAUGUGAUCAUGGAUGGAACGCUCUCCUGGAUACCAUUUGUUGUGCAGACAAUAACUAUGGCAAGAUGUGUCCAUCGCCGCCGAUAUCGUAUGGGUGCGGGUUACAGGAAAGGACCUGAUGGGACUGUAACUGAGAACUACUGGGAACAAAUCGAAGAAGAAGAUCAAGUGCAAGAAGGAGGGAAAAAAAGGAAGCCAUACAGAAUAGAGCUGGUUGGGGUUGUCUGUGAAGCCUAUUUAGCGGUUAUUAGAGGCAUAAGGAGAGCUAUAAUGUGUAGAAGAGCUGUAAGGGUGAAGUCUCAAUUGAAAUCCCACAAGAGAUUUGCAAAUGCGUUUCCAACAUACAUCCAACUGGUUGACAACGCUAGGCUAUAUUGCACCAAUGCUUUGGAAGGGCCACCUAAGGUGCGUUCACUACCCUCAUUUUCAAUCUUAAUUUCUCUGAUUUACUUGGGCACUUAAUCAGGACACAUGGAUCUGAAAGGAACAUCAGAGUUCCCUUAAGAAUCUUAACUCCAGAACGUAAGGUCAGAACAACAACAGUGCCUGGUUACGUUACUAUGAUGGACCCAUCUUGAAUCACCAUAUGGGUAUAAAUUAGGAUGUCAAUCUGACCCGACGGGAAAUCCGAUUCCCCGCCUCAAUGGGGAUUGGUUUGGGUAAAUUUUUUCAGGGAUGGAAGACAGGGAGCACAU